CUCUGUUACUGGUGCAGAACGGUGGCUUGUUUGAGUGCGCGAGCCGCACCUUCCUUCAUUCAGCUUCACUUUCGGCGCUCGGUUCUCUUUUGUAUUCAUUCUCUUAAUAGACAGUUACACUUUCCCAGAUUUUUCUGCUCUACGCUGCGCCUUGUUUUCCUGAAAUCAAUCUGCACUGUUCCUCAGAAUCAGCUUGUUCCGUCACUCGCGUAUUCCGUUGGUUUUGCGUUUGUGUUUACAAUAUAAUCAAUUGAACAAUCUUCAUUCUUCAUUUUGUUGAUAAUCGUGCAUUGAAUCGAUCAUGAAAGCUAGGUUAGUAGUGUUUCCAAUCAGAGGAAGGAACUGGUGCUUCAGCCGAGCGAUCGAGUCAUCACAAUUGGAAGCUCAGUCUUCAAACACUCCUUCUACAUUCAAAGACCUUUGGAAGAAGAUCUCCAAAUCUACUCAUGACUCCUCCAAAGCUAAUCUCGAACUCGUCAUUGAUUUCGCCUCCAAUAAGAUGAAUAGAGCUUGGAGUAAUUUGGAAAAAGCGCCGGAAGGAAGUUUAAAGAAUAAACUUCACGGGCUAGGGUUGCGGCUUCUCUCUCGUGUUAAGCCUUCGGAGAUCUUUUUGAAAUCCAUUCCUAAGGAGGUAACGCGUGUGGACAUUACCUAUCCCUCAAGUUUAAACGGACGGCUUGUUCGACGGAGGCUACGUCAUAUUGCCUCGAGGGGGGCUAUCAUCCACAAGAAGUAUUUGUAUGGAUCAGUUACAUUGCUUCCACUGACAUCAGUUUUCAUGGUGCUACCCUUGCCUAAUAUACCAUUCUUUUGGGUCUUAUUUCGGACAUACUCUCACUGGAGAGCUCUUCAGGGAAGUGAAAAACUUCUUCAAUUAGUUACAGACAGCUCCUAUCACCAGAAGUCAGAUGAAGGAACAACAGACAAGAGUACAAACACAAAAGAUGACCCACAGAGAACGAACAGCUGUCGUCCACCAUGGGUAUUACUGCCAUCCGAAGACCUUCAAAAGCUUAUUCGAUCUGCAGAAGCAAAUGAUAGUCUAAGUGAGCCGACCAUAUCUGAUAUCUGCCAGAGAUUUAGCUUGAACACAAUGGAUGUUAUUAAGUACAGAGAUUCACUAUAGCUGAAUAUACCAAUUGCUGCACUUCGUUCCAUAUCAAUGAGCGAACAUUUUAUGAGAAUUUGAAUGACUGGAGCAACUUCUUAGAUGCUUGUGGCUAUGGGGAACCAAGAAAUUUCAUCAGUUUAGCAAGUACUUCAGGAAAACUCAACAAAAUGCUGGUUCUGUUAGCUCUGCCUCUAUGCAUUUGUUACCUUGUGACAUCUCUUGGAACCGACAUAGCAAGAAUGACAACAUUAUGACAAACAUUAUCUGCAUCGUUGCCACUGACUAACAAACAUCGUUGCCACUGACUAACAAACAUGUUACCCAUAAGUUUCCUGGAUUCAUCUGUCUUUCCUGCGAUAAUAUUUUCCUUGAACUAUAACUUGGUGUAGUGAACUCGAUAGUUGUAUUUCUUUAUUUUGUUUUAGCAGUUGCUAAGAAGCUUAGUUUCAAAAUUGUAGCUUCAGGAACCAACCUUUAUUAAAGCGUUUAGGCGCUUGACCAUGAAUGUUAGAUGUGAUUGGUAGUUUUAUGUUUGGACUUCA